UCAUCAGCUGGUAGCUGCUGAUCAUGCACGCAUGUGUCCUGUUGUAGGUACGGAGAAGAGCAAGGCUCCACGUGGAUAGCCCAGAAAAACAAAAAACAAAGAGCAACUACUCUUUCUCUCUCUCUCUGCUUGCUAGGUAACCUACUCUAAUUACUCUUUUGAUUACUUGCUGUACUUGUUAAUUAUACUAGUAUUAUGUAGUCAUAUGCAUCUCCUCUUGUAAAUAAAAGCCUUCCACAUAUCCUCACUCUCUCCAGUUAAAGUAGGAGACCCAGACCCAGAGGCAGUAGGCAGCAGUCAGUCAGUCAGCAGUAGGCAGAUAACCUUCCAGCAGCUAGCUAGCUCUGAUUCCUGUCCUGCUUAAUUUCUGCUGCUUGAGAUCAGAUAUAGAUCGAAAGCUAGCCAUGGUCAAGAAGCUUGGCCUCAUAUCACUCAUCUUCAGUAGCAGCAGCAACAAGCAGCUGGACAGUGCAACGAGUAGCACCAUUGCAGCUGGUGCACCUUGUUCCUCCUCAUCUUCUACUUCUUCUUCCUCCAUGUCGUGGCAAUGGCCGUCCGCCUGCAAGCAGCAGCCAAGGACACUCUCCUUCAGGCAGGAGCAGGAGGAGCAGAAGGCGGCGUACAAGACCAUGAACUCCGCCUACUUGCCGGCCGACUCCGCCGCGGACUCCUGCUUCUCAACCUCCUUCGCCUCCGUCGACGACGACAGCCUCUCCACGACGUCUGACGAGGCCGGAGACGCUGUCAUCCACGCGCUGCGGACUGGGCGCCUCUUCUUCGAGCCCUCCACGUCGUCGCCGGCCACCUCUUCCAUACUCAGAAAGGCGACCAAGCUGAAGGUCGACGCCAUGAACGACGCCCACAGCACCUGCUCCGGCCCCAUUAUCGGGGACGACGACAACAAGACGGCGCUGGCGGCAGCGGCGUUCGAGGGAGCGACGGCGAUGACGAUGGAUUCGUCGAAUCCGUACGGCGACUUCCGGGCGUCCAUGGAGGAGAUGGUGCUGAGCCGCAGCCGUGCCCGUGGCCAUGGCGGGACGAUCAAGGACGACUGGCGGUGGAUGGAGGAGAUGCUGGGUUGGUACCUGAGGGCCAACGGCAAGAGCACCCACGGGCUCAUCGUCGGCGCCUUCGUCGACCUGCUCAUCGCGCUCAGCGAUGACAACACCGUGCCGCCGCCGUCCUCUCCGACCACCGCCUCCUCCUCGAGCAGCAGCACCGAUGAGAUCAAGGAAGAAGAAACUAAAGGAUGAAGCAGCAUACAUGUAAAUUUUUUUAGUUUGAGGGGAAAUGAAUUAAUUGUUGGCACGAUCGCAUCAAGAGCUGCUAAUUCCCAGCCGGCCGGAUGCAAUUGCAGGCUGAUCAUCGAUCAAGCGAGAGGUUAGUAUAUAUGCAUUGGAUUCUUUCUUCUACAAGCUACCAGCUAGCUAGCUAGCUAGAGCCUAGAGUGAUUAUGUCAGUUCAUUCCUCGUGCUUAGCUACCUGACUGUUUGUUUGCUAGCUACUAGCAUAUCAGUUAUAUAAUUUACUUAAUUCAGUUCCACGUUGGAAAUGAAAAGGAAAUGUAGAUCAAGCUGUACAUAAAUAUUUGUUAAUUUUAUCAUCUUUGUUUUUUUGUCCGGAAGCAUGUAUGAAUGCAGCAUGUUCUGUUUGGAAACCGCAAGGAUUUGACGGGAAAUGUGCACUGAUUUAAUUGUAUUUACCAUAGGAAACAGAGAAAAUUAUUCUCUGUGUUACAGACGGAUCUUAUUAAAUGUGUUUAUGUUAUGCCUUCAAA